CAUUUCGUCAUCGCUGCGUCAGGACGUAUUUCAAAAUGGCGGCGCUCGUGUCCUUGUUAUUAAGACCCAGAGCUGGUUUUCUCAUGUCGUCUCAGACACCAGCGAUUCUCACAAGCAGACCUGCGUCUAAAAAGUCUGGAGGCAGCAGCAAGAACCUGGGAGGGAAAAGUCCGGGUCACAGAUACGGCUUUAAGAAACAAGACGGAGACUUUGUUCGAGCAGGUAACAUCCUCGCCACACAGAGGCUCAUGCGCUGGCAUCCUGGAGCUCAUGUCGGCAUAGGGACGAACAACACGCUGUACGCUCUGGAGGACGGGACGGUCCGCUUCACUAAAGAACUGUACGUUCCUCUUCCUCGCAGCACCGAAGCUCGGGACCUGAUCCCCAAACUGCCCAGAGGAGCCUUGCUCUACAAGUCCUUCAUCAACGUUGUCCCCACAAAGCAGGAGAACAACUUCAAGCUAGUGGACAUGGUCUAAGACACGGUGAUGACCGAUGUUCAGACUCCCAGGACUGACAAAUGUGUGAUAGUUACAUGUGGUGGAGUGAUGAUGCAUCUGUGAUGUCACCAGACUUUCUUUUUUUUUUUUUACUAAGUUAAUAAAUAAAUAAAUAAAUAAAUAGAAUAAAAUAUCAUAUUUCUCAAA